ACGUUCACGGACUUCCAGUGGAUGCCCGUUUCCUCGACCGGACGAUUGUCGAAACCGCAUUGCAACGUGCUUAUGCCACAACUACGGGACUACUUGCACUCUGCAGUACCAACUCCGUUGAUGGACGCCGGAGUAGCGGUUGUCGACCUUCACGUUUUUAUCGCGAAGAUCAACCGCGAGUUCAAGACGCAACGGUACGACGACAUCGACGCACCAUUGCUAUACAUACGCAUUCAGAUCGGAGAGGCGACCUGCAGUGCCUUGAUCGAUUGCGGAGCAUCUCGCAACUACAUCAGCCAGGACUUCAUGAAAGAUUGGGUUGACCGCCUCCCCGACAUCGAGUUCGCCUACAACACUUCGGUGCAUCCGGCAAUCGGCGUGACUCCAUUCGAGUUCCACCACGGUGGACGGAAAGGCCGGAUCUUCGCCGACCUUCUCCUCCCUCGACCAGCCGACAUUGACGCUGUCUGCUCUCCCUCUUCCGUCCGGAAGUACAGGGAAUUGCUGACUCAAGCCCGCGCAAAUAUGCAAAAGGCUCAAGUCCGCAUGCAGCAGCAAGCCAACAGGCAUCGCGUACCAUGUCCCAUCCGCGCCGGUGAUCUGGUUUGGGUCUCCGCGGAAGAGUUUGCACUGGAACAGGAUGUUUCACGCAAACUGCUUCCCAAGUGGUUUGGACCUUGGUCUGUGACAGCAGCCACGGGCGAUGAGCCCAAUGGCCCUCCAUUUGUGAUCAACAUUCCAGAGCAUCUGACGGUCCAUCCGAUCUUCCACGCCUCGAAAGCCAAGAGCGACGACUUUCCGGACCGACGGUCGCAGGACCCUCCUAUGGAUGGCCAUCAGGAAGUUGACCGCGUCAUCUCCGAUCACAAGUACGGCAGCAAGCCGCGGUAGUAUAAAGUCACAUUCAAAGCAUGCGAUCGCGRCGACACUCGGUGGAUAUCAGGCGCAGAUUUGAAAGC